AUGUUACCCGUUUGCCCUGCCAUGUUUUCAAUGACAAUGGUCUCCAAUUUUGGCGAUCAAUUCCUUCGUGGACUUUACGAGUCUUCCGAAGUAUCUACCAAGAAUAGCGAAGUCCAUGUAAGAGUCAUUCAAGAUAAGUGUACGUUAUUUUUACGACAAUUGUCUCAUUUGCUGAUUCACAGUGUUUACUCAUCUUUCGGAGAUCUUAAAAUUGAAAAUCAAGAGAAAAGUACGUAAUGAAAUGACGAUUAUCGAUCACCAAUUUGAGUUUUUUACGGGGCACGCUCAAAUUUUUGGUCACGGAACACGAGGAACAAUUUAUUAAAUUCACGAUUCACGAAAAAUAAACACGGCUAAUCACGAAUCGCGAAAAUACCCCUGUACUACCCUCGUCUUCUUUUUGCUAAUUAUGCGUGCCAGGUUAUGUGCUCCUGGAGUGCACGUGCAAAACCGCUGUUCUUUAAAAGAACUGUUUAUCAAAAAAAAAAAAAGGAAAAAAACGGAAAGAAAGGGAAUCUGAGAACAUGUAUCUCAGCGUUGAAAUCCGCUGUCACAUUUCGCGUUUGAUUGCAAAUCCAAAAUCCGGAAUUCCCAAUCGAACGCACCGUACCCAUACUGAGUCUUCAAAGAUGGAAAUAGACACCUGUUAGGAUCUCAGUAAUCUCCAGCUGGGUCAUCAUCAUUGAUUAACAUUUGUCUUCGGGCAACCUCCUUUUUUUAUUAAUCUUGCAAAGGGAGUUCUAAUAUUAUAUCUGGGCGAGGUUUGAAGCUCCCGACUUACUUAAGAAAUGUGCAGGGAACAAUUUUAAGCAAAUUAUGUGUUCUGUUUUUUUGUAUUCAUGAAAUGGCCGUUUUCUUAAUUCAUAACUUAAACAGUUGUCAUGGUAUUAGCAUAAACUGAUCUCCACUGACUCAAUUAUACUGAGAGACCUAUUUUAUGCUCAGAAUAGUUUGUGUCAUAAUGAAAUUCAAUUCAAUUCAAAGACUGUAUCUGAAGCUAUUUUACCGCGAAUUCUUCACCGAGGAUGACACAAAAUGACACGCCUUUCGUUUUUCACCGCGUUAAUUUCCCUGGUAAACAACCUAAACGGUUAAAAAAAUUUCCUAUCCUUUCCAGACUUCAAAUUGCGUAAUUACGCAGAAAAAAUGUCGGGAGAGGACUCAAUGGAAGCACUAUCAAACAGCUGAAUGUGACAUCAGAAAUGUCUUGUCAAAUUGAAUGUGUGGCCAUAGGCGUACGGGCAAUUUUUUGCCAGAGGGGGCGGUAAACCAUUUGCCCCAAAAAUUAUCACAAGUUGGCCAAAUUUUUACGAAACAGUCGUCUACGAAAAGAAACUAGGGCCAUACUAGCUGGCAAAUGAAGGUGGCUAGAUACAGUUUUUCAGGGUCAAUACCUUCCAAGUUCGAGCGUAAACUAUGUCGCCAUAAACAAACAUUGAGAAAAAUUACCACCAGUUGUAUUAGAUGACGAUGAAAUUCGUCAUGAUCAGGGUUGCUGAUCGGAGUUGUAAUAGCAACAAAAUGACGCCAUUACCUAACGCCAUCACUUACAGCAAUUGUUUUUGGCACCGGGAACUGUUCUUACAAAAUCGUUCACGGGAGCUUUUUUUCAGGGGCACCCAACGAGAAUAUAGUUCAAAACCAUUUAAACAUAGCAUUGUUAAACGUAUUUUAGUAUUUAAACGGUAGAUACAGGCAUAUUUUUAUCCCCUAAAAAUUUUUCAUCUGUUCGGAUUUCCUAGCUGAAAGUCUAGUGAUCCGAAAAUUAUAGGAAUCAAAACUUACCUUUUUGAAAAUUUCAGCCAGAAAAAAGGCUUCCGAAAAUUCUGGGUGACCUUUUUAGGGUAAAAAUCCGUUAAAAAUAGGCAAAUAUACCAUUUUUUGGAUGUUCGAAAAUCCUAGGAGAGGCAGGCAAGCAAGAAAUUUUACAACAAAUUUUUCGAAAAUUCUAGUUCUCAAAUCGUCUUCCGAACAGAUAUUCUUCCGAAAAUUGUCGUUGGGUGCCCCUGUUUUUUCUCCAAUACGGUCGCAUUGAUGUUCGUGAAGUUAAAGGGGAAUCUGUAAGAGCUAGCGUUAUCGAGAUAUUUUGGGGUGAAAAUUUUAUCGUACGGUAAAAAAGGAAAAAUCUUGAUGUUUGGCCGUUACCUGUAGAAAAAGAGGCGCUUUUGACCAUGCAACUUCACCUCAUAGUGCGUAGUUUUAAUCUUGUUAAAAACACUUGCGAAAGAUCGUGCCUAUUUUAGAAAGAAGGAUUUGAUAAGUAUGUAUCGAGGCACUCUUGUUAGUGGUUUUGUAAACAUUUCGGUCUACUUUAGCAAAUGAGCGAAUAAUUUUUAGCCACUCGAUAGGUUUUUUUUGAAAAAAUAAUAUUCUUCUCGUAAUUCAACCCGAGACUGAGAAUUAGUCAGCCUCUUCUUCAUUUUCAGACCUAUUGCUAAUGCUAUGUGCCGUACACUGUUGAAACCUCCUUCACUCCGACACUAGCACAGGGUCUGAAUGACCAUGUCGGCAUUUCUAGGAGUGGAGAGGACUCUAGAAAGGUAUGCGGAAGUUUUUUUGGAAGUAGGCCAUUCCAGCGAGUGUGCGUAGUACAGUGCCCAACAAUAAAAAACUACAAAUAUAUAAAUCAACAUAUGAUACCCUUCCCUAAUAACCAGAAACUCAUCACGUGGUAGGCAACCACUGUCUCGUGUGAAUGUAACUGGAUUAUUACGCCAACUUCAAGUUAAAAUAGGAAAUAUUUAUCUCCUCAAAAUAAUAAAAAAGCAUGGAAAUGUCUUUAAAAACUGGCUUUGCCCAAUUUUUCUCUUGUUGCCCAAAAAAUCUGAGUUGCCCAAAAUUUGGGGGGCUGCAGCCCCCCUCGCCCCCCGGCCCGUACGCCUAUGUGUGUGGCAGAUAACCGCUGUUUAUCGUACAACUUAAUUACGAUUCUAGGCAUGGAUGUAUUAAUCUGUGAGCUCAAUGACUCUGAUAGAUUUGUUGGGUAUGUUGGGGGCAUCUACAGAGGAUUAGAGGUAAAAGUAACCGAGGAGCUAAUUUGUUUCAUGUAAGUAAAUAUGUAUAGCGCUAAAACCCUAGCUGUUUGAAUAAGCCUAACUUAAUCUUACCUAAGGUACUAUUCAAAAGUUAAAUGUCUGUUUCUUAAUAAAUUGUGUGUGUUGUUGUUGUUGUUGGGUUUAGAUCUAAUUUGAAUAAGGUAUGCUGGUAGUGAAUCUAAUUCCUGUAAUAUGAAAAGAAAAACAGAGAAUUAUUGCGUGGCGUUAUAAAGCUCUUUUUGAGAUGGCAUAUUGCAGAAUCGCAGCUAUAUUAACUUCGAUUCUUUAUAGCCUACUCACAUAAAAAGAAUUUUUCUUGUGCGUAAUAUUGUUAUAAUGGAGUACUUGUCGAUAAAUGUGUAGCUAUUUUUCAGAGUAUCUGUGAAAGAGAAUCACCGUGUGCGAACGAUGAAGUGUGCAUUCCUGAUCAUGAAGAUGACGCUAGACAUUUCUGCAAAUGUAUAGGUCGGUAAACAAAACAAGAAUUAAAUUAAUACUUUGCCAACUCCAUGAGAGCAGAGCUUUUUAACAGCCCCCUGCCGUCCCCCCCACAAAAACAAUCGUGACAUGUCAUGAUUCUUGUUUUGCAAACUGUGGUUUUCCCUAAAAGACCUUAAGACAAAUGAUAAUCGCUGAGGAGCGAGAAAGUUCCUGUCAGUACCAAGGCAAAAAGGUUUUCAGUACUCAGUUUGAUGAGAUCAAUUUUAUUUAUUUACUGUUGUUGUGAAAGAAAUACCACAAAGAAAUUGAAUUUGUUACGUCUCAGUUAUGCCAAGUUGGCCUAUGUAAGCUAAUCAGAGAUACUCUUGCAAUCUGGAUUCCACUAAGAGACUUUUGGAUUCCGGAUUCCAAUUGUAAGCGGGAUUCCGGAUUCCUUGAGCUGUAUGCCGGACUCCACAAGAGAAAAAUUCUCGGAUUCCGGGAUACGGAUUGCCUUACAGGAGGCGAAACAACUGUAUUUACGUCUGUACAAGAAUGAAGUGCACCUUGUUAGUUAUCCCCGAUGUUAAUACAAUUGUGGCGUUGGGUCGCUGAGGGGAAUGCAGCAGUAGACCAAAACAGAGGUGAUUAGGAUAGUUGGAGUUUCAAAACCCGAUGUUUCAGCAAGCAAUAGCCCUUAGUCAGAGAGAUUCGGUUUCCUUUGACUAGCCUGAGUAUAGGCAGGUGUUUCUCGAAAAAGGGGGAAGAGCUGGGAGAUGGGAACAGUGGAGACAGCGAAGGGAUAGAAACAAAAAUCUCCGCUCUCCUCACCCCUAAGGAGCACCUGAUACUCAAGCUUCGCUCCGACGGUUGGCUAUAUAUCGUUCGAAAUGUUAGGUUUUCAAUCUUUUCAAUCUGUUUACUAUGGUAAUUGACUUACUAGUAGUCAAACUAGCUUAUGGAACAAAAUUUUUGCAUUUAAUCUGUAGUUGCUUUCCGUCGGAUCAACGCGGAUUCCAGCACUGAUCUUUUUUGUUGAAAAACUGAAGCAGAUUUUCCCAACGCGGACUAUCUCACUUUUACUAUUCGUACCCUUAAUCACUUAAGGCCUCAUACAAUGGUUUUCCAAUUCAGAAUACCCAAUGCAUUGUCAAGACCUUUACUUAAAGGGUUCCACGACUGAUGGGGUGUACUUGGUUUACCCUGACAACGAAGAACCCAUUAAAGUGCUGUGUGACAUGACAACUGAGAGCGGUGGAUGGACAGUCUUUCAAAGACGAAUGGAUGGAUCGGUGUUCUUCUACUUGGGAUGGGAAGACUACAGAGUGGGAUUUGGAAAUCUGAACGGGGAGUUCUGGUUAGGGAAUGAUAAUCUUCACCGUCUGACUGCAAAUUCUGAUUUGAUGCUCUGA